AUGGAGCUGUUCGGCACUUAUGUGCCGUUCCCCGAUUUGGAAGACCAGAAGCCGUGGACCUACCGAACCAGUCCUGAACCGUCCGGAGAAUUCUGCAAUGCUAAUACAGGCGUCUUUUGGGAUGUCCGGGACUAUCGAAUCCCGGAUCUCUUCAAUCCUGAUCUUGUGAAACAGAAAAUCAUAAAAGCUGUUCUUGAUGCUGGUUAUACUGGGGAUGUGUCAAUCCUUCUUUGGAUUCCUAAGAAUAAGGACUCGGACCAUCUGCUCCAACUUUAUUCAGCUGCCAAUAUCCCAAUCACUUUCGUACCGAAAGAUGAUGAACUUGAGAUGAUUCAUAAUAUUGUGGUGGGCAUUCUUCUGUGGUCAUUGGAUAAUCCUGAACCAGCAAAUGUGAUGGUAGUCUCAGAACACAUCAGCUACGAUAUGCUAGAGAGCCUUGAUAUAUUGCGUGGUGAUAAAAAUUACAGGGUUCUCAUCUCAAAUCCUCUAGAAGACUGUUAUACGGAUAUUUUUCCUUGUGGAAGUUUGGAUUGGCUUGUCAAAAGCCUAUCACCACCUAACAAGAAGAAGCGGCCGAUAGCGGAUAUUUCUGAUUCUGAGGGUUCUGACAACAGUACCUAUCUGGUGGGUGUCAAUCCCAGCCCGAUGAGAUACUCUGCCGAAACCUCUGAAACCAUGUGGAGUGAAUUCCCCCCUCCACCCCCAGGAUGUGAUGGUAAGAUCUAUCUCCUUGUUGAAGUUAUUUGCAGAUUAGAUUUCAUCUAA